ACCGGCUAUAAGCGGAGGAGCUGGCUGCCUGAGUCAGCUGAGCGGUCGUGGUUAAUCCUUGCGUAGUGAAGGGGUGGGGGGAAGAAAAGCAGUCGGAGCCGCGAACUGAACUCAGUCAUCUCCAUUCUACCUUCUUGCCUCCCCCUGUGAAUUUCUCCUUCGACGGUGUCGGAGACCAGAAGCGAGGAUGGCACUGAGCGACGCCGAUGUGCAGAAGCAGAUAAAACACAUGAUGGCCUUCAUUGAGCAGGAGGCCAAUGAAAAGGCUGAAGAAAUUGACGCCAAGGCAGAAGAAGAGUUUAACAUUGAAAAGGGUCGGCUUGUACAGACUCAAAGAUUGAAGAUCAUGGAGUAUUAUGAAAAGAAGGAAAAGCAAAUUGAACAGCAGAAGAAAAUUCAGAUGUCCAAUUUGUUGAACCAGGCUAGGUUGAAGGUCCUUAAAGCCAGAGAUGAUCUGAUUUCGGAUCUGUUGAAUGAGGCCAGACAGAGACUGAGUAGAGUAGCGAAAGAUCCUUCCAGAUACCAGACUCUUCUGGAUGGACUUGUACUGCAGGGUUUUUAUCAACUCUUGGAACCUGUGGUGAUUAUUCGUUGCCGCAAACAAGAUAUCACAUUGGUUAAGAACUCUGUCUGCAAGAAUGUUCCCAUUUACAAGAACAGCAUAAAUAAGGAUAUUGAAAUUCACAUUGACCAGGAAAACUUUCUCCCAGAAGACAUUGCUGGAGGUAUUGAAAUAUACAAUUCUUCUGGGAAAAUCAAGGUGUCCAAUACCUUGGAGAGUAGAUUGGAACUCAUUGCACAGCAAAUGAUGCCAGAAAUCCGCGUAGCUUUGUUUGGUCCUAAUCAAAACCGGAGGUUCUUGGACUAAAUGGUGUGCAUCAACUUUCUGCUGUAUCAAGGCACAUACCGCAUUGGAAAAAGCUGUACAAGUUACAAAUCUGUACUUAAGGGAAAUAAUGCAUUGUUCUUGCUUUUGUUUAUUGAUGUCUGAAACUACUUCAUUUGGUAGUUUCUCUCCAAUUUAAUGUUUGCUGCACCUGGCUAAGGGAAAUUGCCAGAAAGGAUGGGGAAUGACUGGGAAUACCCUGUAUUAUUGGAGUUGCUUCAGUUUGUGUGUGUGUGUACAUAAAUCUAUUUUUCCCCCAAAGUGUGAUCAAAGCAUCAGUUAAAUUUUUGGCUUUUAUUUUGCCAUCUCAAAUAUAGAGCAGUAAAGUUUGUAGAAGAUAUCUUGUACCCAGUGUUACUGAGAUCGUCUCAUGCUAUUUAAUUAAAUUGUAAUGGCGGUUUGUUUCAGGUACUGUCUGUAUAUGUGGUUCUGAAGUAAAGAUCUUACUGGCUUCUGAA